GCGGUAAAACAUUUAAAAUGGCAGCCACGCAGGUGUGUUUUUUAGAGCAGUUGUCUGUUUAUCUCCGUUUAAGAGGAGCGAGUCUGCAACUUUCUGUAAAGAGCAAGUUUCAGCUCGUCACUGAUUUGGAUGUCGGAUUUCUCUUCUUUAUAAGGACUUGUAGCUAUGAAUUCUGGGGAGAGGAGGUUUGCCCACCUGUUACAGCCCAUCCGGGACCUUACAAAAAACUGGGAGGUUGAUCUGGCCACCCAGCUUGGGGAGUACCUAGAAGAGCUGGACCAAAUGACCAUCUCAUUUGAUGGAGGCACGACAAUGAUGAACUUUGCUGAAGCAGCACUGUUAAUUCAAGGCUCUACAUGCAUAUAUGGCAGAAAGGUUGAACUACUUCACAGUUUGGUGUUUCAAACUUUGGACUUCAUCUCAAACAAAAACCGCAGACGUGACAAGCAAGGCUUUGCACAUGGCGUAACUGAUGGCACCACAGAGAAUGAUCUGGAUGACUGUGAGUUUGAUGUGAUAGGAGAGGAGCCCAGUACUCACAGUGUGGACAUGAAAGCCGAUCCAGCUGAACCAGUGAAGAUUGUUCGGCUGCCUCCUGAGUCUCUGAUUCCUGUAGAGUUCCAUGAAAAGCAAAAGUAUCCGCUCCUCAGUAUUAAGGGAGAGGUUCUUGGCAGCUGUAAAGAUUUUUGGAUGAAUAACUGCAUCCCAGACACAUUGGGAAUCAUGCGCCUGGGUCUUGGUUCCUCUUGUGUUCAAUUCCACAGAGAGGCUUCAGGUAAUGGACACACAGGACAGGACAGGGCAGGGGCUGUUGGUGCUGUUGAUCAUUAUGAGGAUGAUGAUGAUGAUGAUGAUGAUUGCCAUGGUGGUGAGGAGCUUGCUCAUCUGAUAGACAAAGAUAUGGAGGUGGAACCAGAGUCUGACAAGCAUGUUGAGAGACAUCAGGGCCACAGUGUGAAGAGAAUGCUGCGUGAGAGGCCUACAGUGCGUCCGGUUGCUGAAGAGCCCAAGCAGCUACAGGAAACUGUGGAUCCUUGGAAAUGGCAUGACCCCUAUGUGCAUUUUGGAGAAGAUAAACCCCUAAAAAUAGGGAAGUGCUACAACGUGCCUGCAGGCCUAGAUGAAUCAGGCAAAAGUAAAAGGGAAGGCAACUCAGAAAUACAGGACUUCUGGGAGUGGUGCACAAGUGCUUAUGACAACAUGGACCGCAAGCUUAAGCACGGACCUUUUCAUCCUGAAUUCAACUACAUCUACCUUGAGAAGAUGGAUCAGCAGCUUAAAUUGCGGAAGAAGCUUCUAAGAAAAACGGGUGUGUACAUAUCUGAUGACGUGCUGAGAAGAACUUACUUGGAGCCAGAGAAUCAAGAGGACAAAGAUGAGGUGGUCCGCCAUCCAGACUUGGAUGGUGAUAACUUAUCAGAUCAUGAAAAUGAGAAUUUGCUUGAAGAUGCACCUGGUGAACAUGAUCCAAUUUUCACUGACUCACAGAUGGGCCGGAUUAAUUAUGAGGACUUGCUCAAAAAGAAUGUGGAGUUGUUCCUAGCCAACUCCCAGAAGUACGCUCAGGAGACCACUCUGUCUCAGAGGGCAAUGGAGUGGGAGGACAAGAUCAACCCUCGGCUCUUGGCUCAGGAGGACCGUGUGGUUUUUGACAUUCAUGACUAUGGGGAUAAGAUUGUCCAUGCACUUGGUGAUGUUGGGGUGAGACGAUCGUUUGCAUCGCUUGUCAAAGGCAUGGACAACACAGAAGCCUGUAGAUACAUGCUGGCUUCUCUUCAGCUGGCCAAUGACUACACUGUAGAGAUCGAUAAGAGCCCUGGACUUGAUGAGAGCAUAGACACCUUUCACCUGUCCUUACUGACCAAACAGAGGGCACACGAACGCCUCAAAAUCUACAGUGCCCCCCUGGAGCGUGACCUUCCCUGACCUUUCACAAGUCUUCAUCUUGGCUCAUUGUCUGAAUAACACUGCAAAAGGACAUUUAUAUACAUAAUCUGGAACAUAGAAGCAAUUCCAUUUGGUCCUUCUGUGUGAUGUUAUUCAGCCUAUAACUAUAUUAAAGUGCAGUUUUGGGGAAAUAUAGUAAUUUGUGUAUGAGAUGUUCAUUAUGCACGUUUGUAUUAUGUCAUUUGUGUCACUUUCAAAUGGCUCUUGUGUAUUACUCUCUUAAAAGCAUUAAAAAAAAGUGCACCUGCACACCUAAACCUUUUGAUUUGUGCUAUAUUACAUUUAUACUGAUUAUACUGAUUCUCUCUUCUCAGAAAAGGUGAUAAAGAACAUGCAUCAUUUCCUGAAAAUGUAGAACUUCUUUUUUUUUUUUUUUAUAUAUAUAUAUAUAUAUAUAUAUAUAUUUAUAUUUAUUUAUUUUUUAAAUUCGUCUUGUUUUGGAUCAUUUGGAUAAACUGUUCGGAGAUCUUACAGAACCUCAAACAACUACUUACAUUAUUUUGAUAACAAUUUAAAAAAAAAAAAAAAAAAAGACCAGCAUAAAUAUUUAAGUUGAUCAGUGGCACAUUUUAAAAAUGUCAGCCCUAUUUAAAUUUAACUUGUCUUUAGCCUGUUUCUAUCUGCUGCUUAUUUACUCAGUGCCUAGUCCAUCUCUCAUAUCCAGGUACACUUUAGUUUGCAAUAUGUGAUCAAAUCUUCCUGUAUCACACUUAACGCUGGUCAGGGAAUAACGUCACAUAAUUCUUCAUAUGCUGAUGAAUGCUGUCAGCAAUCUGCGUGGCAUCUUUCAUUCGGUUAUAAUAGUCCAGGAAAAGGCCAUCUGGAUUAACGAGAUAUAUAAGGAUGGUGUGG